AUGCAGCAAGCUGUGGUGGAUCCAUUGUUAUCGCCGUUUUUGAGCUCCGAUUCUGGUUCUCAGAGAUCGGCGCCGGAGAAGCCGCGAUUUAGUGAUCUUAGAGGGUUGCAGUGGCGAAUAAAUCUUGGAGUUUUGCCGUCUUCUUCUGCGGCUUCCAUUGACGAUCUUCGUCGAGUUACUGCUGAUUGUAGAAGAAGGUAUGCCACUUUGAGGAGGCACCUCCUUGCUGAAGCCCCUUCUCCGAAGAAUGGAGCUAACUCACGGAAUCUUGUCAUGGACAAUCCACUUUCACAAAAUCCAGAUAGUACAUGGAGUCGCUUUUUUCGCAACGCAGAGCUAGAAAGAUUGGUUGAUCAAGAUUUGUCACGUUUAUACCCAGAACAUGACAGUUAUUUCCAGUCACUAGGAUGCCAAGGCAUGUUGAGACGCAUUUUAUUGCUAUGGUGUCUCAAGCACCCGGAAUGUGGUUAUAGACAAGGAAUGCAUGAAUUAAUGGCUCCUCUACUUUAUGUUCUCCAAGUUGAUUUGGAGCGUCUCUCAGAAGUUCGGAAGCUUUAUGAAGAUCACUUCACAGACCGCUUUGAUGUUCUUUUAUGUCAAGAGAAUGAUCUUAAUUACAGCUUUGAUUUUAGGAAAUCCCCUGACAUGAUGGAGGAUGAAAUCGGAUCCCACAGAAAUGCAAUGAAAGCUGGUAGUCUUGAUGAACUUGAACCUGAGAUACAGUCCAUUGUAUUACUAAGUGAUGCAUACGGAGCCGAAGGUGAACUCGGCAUUGUAAUAUCUGAGAAAUUCAUGGAACAUGAUGCUUACUGUAUGUUUGAUGCUUUAAUGAAAGGGGCCAAUGGUUCAGUUGCAAUGGCGGAUUUCUUCGCUUCAUCUCCUGUAGCUAGCUCCCAUACUGGCUUGCCUCCUGUGAUUGAAGCUUCUAUGGCAUUGUAUCAUUUACUAUCUCUUGCUGAUUCUUCUCUUCAUAACCAUCUUUUGGAUCUUGGGGUUGAACCGCAGUACUUUUACCUCCGAUGGUUGCGGGUUUUAUUUGGACGAGAAUUUUCACUUGACAAACUACUUAUCAUUUGGGAUGCGAUCUUUGCAUCAGAUAAUAGCAAAAUGGAAAAUAGUGCGGAUGACGACAUAGAUUAUGGCUUCAGGAUCUUACAAUCACCCCGCGGAGCAUUUAUCUCAGCUGUUGCUGUAGCAAUGAUACUUUAUUUAAGAUCUUCUUUACUUGCAACUGAAAAUCCUACAACCUGUCUCCAGAGACUACUCAACUUCCCCGAAAACAUCACUAUUGAAAAAAUACUAAAGAAGGCUAAAUCCUUGCAGGAUCUUGCUUUAAGUAUUGAUAUUUCAUCCUCGUCACAUUUGCUUUUGGGAUCUCGUUACCAAAGUAAAACGAUAUCUACGAGAUCUGUGACCCUUCCAUCUGAAUCUGUGUCUCCGAAAACUCCUCUGAAUUUUAUACCCGAUAGCUACUGGGAAGAAAAGUGGAGAAACGCCCAAAAGGCCGAAGAACGUAAGCAAGAUGGUGCAGAAAACCAGGUUCCAACUCAGAAGAAAGGAUGGACAGAAAAGAUGAAAUUACGUUUGAGAAGAACAGAAUCUGACCCACCUCCAUCAAGGGUUCUAAGCGGGCAAAGAGGAUCUAAGCCAUCGUUUAGACGCAGUUUGUUAGAAGAUCUGCGUAAAGCACUUGGCGCUGAGGAAAGCAAAGAACCUGAGCAGUGUCAUGAUGAAAUCAUAAGUGAACGCGAUAAUCUUUCUGAAGCAGUUGAAGUAGAGCGACAAGAUAGUGGCUGUAAUAGUGAUAACAACUACUCAUCUGACGAUAAAUGUCCAAGUGGAAAUUCUGGUCGCGAUGAAGACUCGUCUAUAUAUUCUGACUCCGCCAGUCCUCCUAAUGAGGACAAUGAUCCUGAAGUCACCUCAGAAAAAAAUAGUGCUACAUCUUAUUUAUCUCUUGAUGAAUGCAAUGAAAUUUCAGAUACCUGUCAUAUUGAUUCACCUUUUCCAAUCUCAGAUCCUCCCGAGAACAUGCCUUCAAUGUCAGUAUGCAAUAAUGAUAAUCAAGGAGAUGAAUGCAAUGAAACUUCAGAUACCUGUCAUAUUGAUUCACCACUUCCAAUCUCAGAUCCUCCCGAGAACAUGCCUACGUCAGUAUGCAAUAACGAUAAUCAAGGAGAUCAUCAACGCAAUGAAACUUCAGAUACCAUUCCUUGUGAUUCACCCUCUCCAAUCUCUGAUCCUCCUCAGAACUUACCUCAGACAUCAGGAUCUGAUAAUGACGUUACAGGAAGCUCAGCCACAGCCCCUAAAGAGAGAAAACAGAAUAAAUUCCAGUGGUUUUGGAAUUUUGGACGGAGUACCGUUGAUGUUAUCUCUGAGAAAGUAGGAGGUGCUGCCGAAGCUAUGAAGUAUGCCAACAGUAAUAGCAAUCAAAGUAAUUCAUCACUGCCACCAGCCUCUCCCGAUGGACAUUGUAGUUCUGUUGGUUCCAGAGGAGAUUCUGUUGACCAAAAUGUGAUGGGCACUUUAAAGAAUAUUGGGCAGUCUAUGCUUGACCAUAUUCAGGUGAUUGAGUCUGUUUUUCAACAGGAUCGAGGCCAGGGAGCCUCAUCGGAUAAUUCAUCUAAGAAUGUUCUUGUUGGAAAAGGGCAGGUUACUGCCAUGACAGCUCUAAAGGAGCUUCGGAAAAUCAGCAACCUUUUGUCUGAGAUGUGA